GACGGAGCAAUCCGUGAAGGAGGUUCGGGUUCUGGUCGACGGCGAGUGGAUGGCUGGGUUCCGGUUCUGGGUGGGUGUGGGGGUGGCUGGGUUCCGGGUCUGGGAUAAGGGGGUCGGCGGUGACCGGCAGAGGUUGGCGUCUAGGAUUUCACGAUCAAUUGGUGAUGCAUAUUUCAAGAGAUGGGAGUUCAACAGGGAGCCUUUGUUGCCAAAGUUUAGACUAUCUAAGCCCUUCCAUACCCCAAUCCUCAAAGCCGAGCCGUCCAUACAUGUUCACAAACUCCUCCCUGAAGAUCAGUUCAUUAUAUUUGCAUCAGAUGGUUUAUGGGAGCAUCUCACCAACCAAGAGGCAGUUGAAAUUGUGAAUACUUGCCCACGCAAUGGUGUUGCUAGGAAACUUAUGAAAGCUGCACUUCAUGAAGCAGCAAAGAAGAGAGAAAUGAGGUAUUCGGACUUGAUAAAGAUAGAGGGCGGCGUGAGAAGGCAUUUUCACGAUGACAUCAGCAUCAUCGUUUUGUUCCUCGACGAUCAUUUCGUUAGUAAUAAUAAUAAUAGUAAUCGCGCUUCCUCCCGCGGGCAAGCGCUUUCAAUCAAAGGUGGUGCAAGUACACUUCGUUAGCUGCUGAUGGAUAGAGAAUGUUUUUUUUCAAAUUGUAAAAAUUAAAGAAAUAAUCUUGUUAGGCAUAUACUUAUUGGUCCUUGUUGAUGGUGAGAAAUUACUUCUUACUCCAAAUCAAUUUUAAUGUUCUUCAAACGCUUUAAUUGAAGUUCGCCGCAGCUGCCCCCGUCUAGGAUGUCCUGGGUUCAAGGGGAAAUGCAACUCCUAGAAAAUGAACCAGUUACAUUAUACAUAGGAUGCAACAGCUGCAAUCGCAAAGUACACUUUAGAGAAGGAAUUACUUAUAAAUGCAUGCAUUGUGGGGAUAAAGAAGCAACAACUACAAACAGAUUCAGGGCUGUAGCAGAAAUAACUGAUGCCAGUGGUA